AAUGUCAGAGUAGAUCCACCACUUGUCUUUUUCAAGUUAGAUAAUUUUAAUUCAGAUGAUGAUGAACAAUAUUAUAGACUGCAGUUGCCAGCCAAAGGGAUUUUCUUGUUGCAUGACAUGAUCACUGUAAAGCUUUUCCAAAAAAAAUCCUGUAAAAUCAAUAGAAGAUGCUGGUCUCUGGAGAUUCCAACCUGAUGCUGGUUUUACUGUGAUGCUAUUUAAUGUGUGCACUACUCACACUAGAAAUCAUCAAUUAUUGAGUCCAGGAAACAAAACAAUUCCCUAUUCCAUUAAAGUCUUGUCAGUGAAACAAUGCCACAAACCCCUCCACCCCCUUCCUCCCAAACGUGUAAGAGAAGGGUAAAAGAAUUGCUAUUUUCAUAAUACUUCAUCAGUUUCUUAUUCUCUGCUAUUUCUUCAUUGAUUAACCAAUACUGUUGCAGAAUCGGACUUCGAAUGUUUUAGCAAUGGAAAAAAUAUGUAAUUGAUUUGCAAGCUGUUGUGGUAAACAGUUUGAAUGUACAGACUCCAACUCUUCAGGAAUUUCUGGAUGGUAUAUUCAUGCCAUCAGACUCCCAUCCAACAGAUGAUGUGAUUACUUUCUACCUUUGUCUCUCAGCCACAUCAAUACUGGUCCUUACAUGUCUUCAUAGAUUUCUUUCAUGGAUAGGAAAAUUGUGUAGCUAAGAUAUUAUGGUGAUGACUGUUGAGAAGUGACCCUGCAGCUUGACCGGGCUACACGGUGACCAGUAUGAUUCAAGUGAGGAGACUUAUACAUGGACAACUGUAAGGAUUGGACAGUUCUCAGGUUGAUUGAAACUGUAGGUAAUGAAUGCAAAGGAUUCUGAGAGCAAGGACACCUCUCCUAUGCGAAGUAAAUCAAAAUAUGAGAAGUUUCACAAAUUAUUCAAAACAGUGCCUCCUGAGGAGUACCCACUAAAUGAUUAUUCAUGUGCCUAUAUAGGAGAUAUUUUGUUACAUGGAAGUCUUUACAUAUCACAGAACUGGAUUUGCUUCUACUCCAAGAUUCGAGCCCGAGGCAGAAGGCGUCAGAUUCCUUUAGAAAAAGUGAUCAGCAUUACACGAGAGAAGACAGCAUUAGUGUUUCCAAAUGCCAUUGGAGUUCAGACUGCUGAAGAAAAGUAUACCUUUGGGUCUUUUCUAAUGAGAGACAAUGCAUACAAGUAUAUAAACACAGUGUGGAAGAAAUCCCAGUCUGUCAGAAGUAUUCAGAAUGAUCAUAAGUUUGAUUUUCUAAAAGAUGCUUCAGUGCUGAAUUCAUCUGUCUCAACUCCACUCUUUCCAAUCAGCCCCACAGAGAGUGACAAUCAGCUGCCUAAGGAUGCAGUGGAGGAAGAGGAAGAUGAUGAGGGAGAGGAGGAGGAGGCGUGUCCUGUCCAAGAAAUCCCCAAGGGGUGUGUUAACUGUGAUAAUCAAACUGUUCAAACCACCUCAAGCUCCAAUCAAAAUAACAACAUUGUUACGUCCGACUCCUCUGAUGUAGGACUGUGCGUUCUGUGUGACAAGUUAGACAGUGAUAAACUCGACAGCAGCAGGUUUCAGGAAAACGGCAGUUCUCCUAUCACAGUCCGAAAAGAAUCAGGAAAGGGACCAAAGGGUCCAAUGAUCCGUGCUUUUAACAUUCCAUAUAUCUUUGAAUAUUUUGAUGUUCAGAAAAUGAUGGCUGCUUUUUCAGAAUUAAGUUUAAAGUUCCAAAAGAUACCUAGGACCAAUUUGUUGUUAGCUGUUUGCUCUGUUAUGAUUUUGUUUUUGAUGCUCUCUGCUGUUGCCCUCACCUACAAAAUUUUGGUGCUUCAAGCAAGAAUUGAGGGAAAGGAUUUCUGGACUCCAGUGGCCAAACAGAACUGGAGGAACAAUUUGUACUCGAGUUUCUAUGAUUUGCAGGCCAACUCCCAUAUGGCCACGAUACGACAACUUCACCAGGUUAUGGAAGCCAAUCUCCACGUUUUAGAGGAGAUUGGAUUGAAUCUGAAAUCUGUGCAAGCUGCAGCAAGGUAUUCAAACAAUUGUCCAAUCAAAGAAGAGAGUUGCAAAAAGACCAAAGCGUAAUUAGAUAUUGUGACUAUUUACGUCUGCUUUGGACAUUUGUCUGGAAACCAAGGAUACCUCAUCAGUGCCAGAUUACAGAGUUGACAACAGAAAAAAGUGAUGAGUGCAGUCUGUCUUGUUUAUAUGUAUCUAGGUUGUUGUGUUGAAACUUCUUCUGUGUGAAAGUUCUAUGCACUUUAGACUGCCUAUGUUUAGAGCAUUGAUGUAAGGAGCACAUGUAUGUGGAUGGAAUGUCUACUUAACUGUGAAGGUGAUAUGUAUGUCUUUAUGACCUUUUUGGCAAGUCUGUGAUAUCAAACUUAUUUUUUUAUUGUCACAAAAGUUUGCCUGCCAUCUCUAUUUUGUUUAUCAUGUGCAAUCAGAUAUUUUGAUGAAAUAUUGAGUUUUUACAGCGAUUUAGAAUGUUUACAUUAGUUCUUUUCAACCAUAAGUAGGUUUUUGUUUUUUGUUUGGGGAUUUUCAGAGCUGGUCCAGAAGUUAGUUUUAUGUGUGCACAAAUAGUAUGAAUUUAGUUUCCACGUUAUUUCUAUUGCAUAUCUACAGUGAAACUCAUCAAACCCAGACAUGCUUGUUAUCAGAUUAGAUGAACAUCGGGAAUGCAUAGUAUUUUUUACAAUAUAAUUCAAUGUCCAAUGCCAAAAUGAAUGCACAGUUUACCCAAUAUAUAUGUAUCAGAUUGUACCAAACAUGUAUGGGGGCAAAUUCUACUGUAAUAUAAUUAAAACGUAAGUGAUAGCCAGUAUAAAUCCUAUUAUAGUUAUGCUGAUCAAUGUUUUAAAUGAUAUGUGAUGAAACUAUUUGUAAAUUUUCUUAAAGGAGUUAUAAUAAUUGGAGCAUUCUUUAGUUGUUGUUCAAGACUUUGGAACCAAGUUUUUAUAUUACUAUUAUUAUAUCAUCAAAACCAAUGUAACAUUGUAGACCACCCUCACUUCUAAAGAUGUAGAAGAGGUCAUGAAAGUGAUUUUUCCUAUUUUAUCCUUUAGUGUAUUGAAGAGUGAAACCUCAUAAAGUGUCAAAUAAGAACCGAACUAAAUCCACUUCUACUUCAUAUACUGCAAUUAGUCUGUGAUUUUUGUGUCGCCUGCAAAGCAUAGGUGCAUGUAGGGAUGAUUCUGCCUGUCAUUAGUUCCUGUCUGUCACACCUUAAAAAUCGGAAAACUUUAAGAGAUGGGACUUUGAUGUUUAGCAUGUGUGUUCCUUAUGUGGGGGUCAUGAUCAGUGUUGUCCUUUCAGGGAACAUCUAUUCCAUGAAACAUUCUAGUUUAGAUACAUGCAGUAAUUUUAAGCACAGUAACAUUAGAGAGUUAUACUGACGGUGUAGUGCCAUAAGACUUAGUAGAAAAGAACACAUUGUGAUGCUAAAUGUUGUGUUUAUUUACCCCACACACACACAAAUGAAAUUCUAGUACAUUGUAUUGGUAUAGAACACAUGUAAACUAUAUACAAAAGAAUCCUUAUAAAACAGCUAAAAUUCAGAACAUUCUUCUUGAUGUAUUGGUACUACUUUAUUCUUGAUGUUUUUUUUUUUUUUUUUUUUUGAUUGUCUUUGACUACAUUUAUAACAUUAAGUAGGCAAAAUUAUGUUUUUACAUUACCACCAACAAACACCAUUCAAGAGUUUCAGAUUUAUUCAAAAUGGCAGCAUGCAAUUUGAUUAAGAAUUAUUUAUAUGUACUGAAAUGGCAAUAUGUAUUUUGGGGACACUAGGUACGUUUGUGUAUGUAUGUGAAAUGCCUGAACUAAAGCUCAUGUGCCAAGGUAAUUUUUUUUUAUUUACAAACUAGGUUUUUCACCAGAUAUGUAGAAAUGUAAAAAUUAUUUAUCCCCUAACAAAAGGGGAGUAUUUUAAAUAUGCACACCAGUCAUGUUUUUGAAAACAGCAGUAUGUUGAUUUUAUAUUUCAUCAAAUUCUCUACUUUGAACUGGUGACUAAAUUAAAAAUCUGAAGAAAAAGUUGUAAUUUGGUAGGAUCAUGUUAUUUGAAAUUGGAAUCAAAGAAAAAAUCACUGUUUGAUAUGUAGUAUUGCCUGAAUGAUUGUAGGUUUUUUUUUUUAAACUAAGACAGAUAUUAUAAAAUUCAGUUGACCUACAUAUACAGUAAAACAUGGUUAUAGUGAACCCCCAGGGUCAGCGAAAAGCAGUUCAUUUAUAUCCAAACUUUGUAAUAUCCAACACAAUUUUCAUUAUUUUCCUCUCAUAAGGUAAUGAAUAUCACUUCGGAAUAUGUAGGAAUUCUGUAUAAGCGUGUUCAUUAUAAGCGUGUUUUACUGUAUUUGAUUCUAUACACACAGUCAGUCAUUUGAUUGUUACACAUGGAUAUUCAAACACACAACACUUAUCCCCUGGUGAUUGGAAGGAUAUUCUAAAAAGUUGAUACUGAUUUCUUUUGCUGUGGUGUUUCUUGAGUUUCUUUAAUAAUUCCCCAUUUCCCCCCCCCCCCCCCCCCCCCCCCCCAGGAUUGCAGCUGUCUGAGAAUUGUGCAUAUGCUUAGUUCUUUUGAUGGUAAUUCAGCAAUUUUACUCUUGAAUUAGUUAUGACAGAGCUUGUUUUUUCUCCUGAACCAGAAUUUAGUAGAACCAUUUCAUUGUGAUAUACUUACAUGUACAUUGCAUUUUUCUUCUUCCUGAAAUACACCAUAAUGAAGAGAGAAAGCCAUUUUGUUAUUGAUCAAUGUAGUCUAUUCAUAUUUGUUUUUAAAAGUUUGUACAUAUUUCAUCAACAUGACCGAAUCGAUACACAUGACGACCUCUGCAUGGAAUCGUGCAGAGCGUACUAGCAGACAAUCAGUUGUUUUUGCUUGCAGUUUGCUGUUAUUAGUAAAUGAUCUGCAACAUCCCAUCAUUUUGUUUUUUAAGACCUCAGGAAUAAAUACAUGUUCUUGUAGUUUGUGAGAAAUUUGUGUAGAGUGAUAGAAUAACAUUUUAAAACAACUGAAUCUGGUUAUUAACUAAAUACUUGUAAAAUUCGAAUGUGCAAGUGCAUGAAUCUGGAUACAAAGAGACAUUGUUUAUGAAUUUUUCCCAUCAUGGAGAUACCUGGUAUUCAUACAUUUUCUUCUGAGAAUGGUGGUGGUGCAUGCCGUGUAUAGUCGGGAUUAUGGAGUCUUUGUUUCUGGCCUUUGAAAGAUUUGCUUUCUACCUUGUAUAUUGAUUUUACUGUUGUUAUUUCAUUCCUGCAGUCUCCAUUCCAGCAGAUAUUUGUGAGGACAAAUGUUGUGUGUUUAGUGACAUCUGAAAUUAGACUUCAUUCUUUAUAGGGCACUUAAGAUAAGAUUGUUACUUCCUUUUGAUGCUAAUUUAUAGUUUUGCUUGUUGGUGUGCAUUUUAAUAUUGAACUUCUAGUACUGUAUAUUAAGAUUUCUGUUUCUUAAACUGUUUGGCAUAUAUGCUAAGUAUUGGAAUCAAAAGUAUUGUUGAUUAUGAUUGACACAAUAGUAUCAUAUAUGGUUAAACCAAGGCAUGAAAAUUACCAUAUUCUGGCAAUGGAUGAUUGGUAGUCUUAGUUUGCAAUCUUUCAUAGAAAUACAUGUAUAUUUACUAAAGUUAAAGAAGUUAAUUGUUUGCUAUUCAAGAAUUUAAAGGUUUUUAUUGUGUAAUUUUGUUAGUUUAGAACUUAGUUUAUGUAUUCAAGAUUUAGCUCAUUUGCUUAAUAGAUACUGAGACUGGAGAAGAACCUGGAACUUAUGGUUAUAAAGCUAGAUCUCAGAAACACUAACAGUGUAUUUCAUUUCUGAUACUAGGUCAGGGUCUUGUAUUGUUAUUUUAGGUUUACAGGGGUGGGGGGUGGUCAUGAUUUUCCGUAGGAGGAGGAAAUAAAAUUAAAAUAUAUUUCAUGCCCUGUGAUUGGAUUCUUGUAACUCAAUGGCCACAAUGUUUAGUAAGAAAUAAGUUUUACUUGCUGUGUGAAAAAAUCUGACAUCAUAGUUAUAUUCCUAACUAAAAUUUGACAUAGAAAAAGAAAAUGAAAAAAAUAUAAAUUUUUGAACAACUGAAAUUUUGAUUAGAGGAUUUAUAUACACAGAGUAUUGGCUUUGGAGUUAUAAUUUGGUGCAAAUUUUUGUUGUAUGUGUUGCUAUUUAUUUCUUUGAAAAGGAAAAACUUUGAUGUUCUUGUGUGUAUUUUCAGCCCUAUCCCAAUAUCCAAUACCAUUUAUUUGUAUAAGGCAGGAAAAAUGAAACAAAAUCUACUGAAUGCAUUUUUAUUUUCUGUCUGUUGAAUGCAGAUGGUUAAUUUCUUUGGAUUUACAUGAUCUUUUAGUUUAUUUGAUAUUCAGUAUUACAUGCAAUGUACACUACAGAGGGAUUGUGUGAUGUCUUGUGUCAAAAGAGAGACUUUUAUGACAUGCUAUAUUAAAACAUUCUCAAUCUAUAUGUAUAAACUCUAAAAUUAUGGUAUUUUGUGAAGGGAGAAAACUGAAUUUUUAUAAGCAUGUUUACUUGUACAAGUAUCUUACAAAAUUAUUUACUAGUCCAUAAAUUUUGGUAGUUUGACUUGUUUUAACAUGAUUUAAUGCAUAUUUAGGGCCCAAUUGUAUUAAUUUAUAUAUAUGGUACAUGUUCCAUAUAAUAUCAUUACAAAAGAUCAAUCCAUGACACAGUGCAUAUUUCAAUUAUAGGGAAAACAUAAGUACCAAAAUAACUUAGUAUUGAAUAUACUGCAGUAUAUGCAAAUCAUGGUUAUGAUGAAGUAAUCACUUGUUUUUAUUUGUUGAUUGUACUGUAAACUUAAUUAAUUUGAUUUGAAACAUGUUGCUCUAGUGUGAAUUAUUACAGAAAUUAAACUAUUUUGUUUUCUA